AUGUUCAAUAACUUCUUACAAUCAAAUCAAAAUAAUUUACCAUUCAUACCUUCUCCAACCUCAAUGAGCGAAGAUGGUUUGGAAUUCAGAUAUAAGAACCAUAGUAACAGUCAAACAAAUCAAAACUCAAGUUUGCGCUCAGAAACCAAGAAAAGAAAACUAUUAAACGUAGAUUUACCUGCAUCAACCGUAAAUCAAAACGAUUUGAAGUUGAAUAGUUCAAAUAAUAACCCAAACCAACCUUUUGUACAAAAGGCUAUCCCUUCGCAAGGUCCAAUUAGUGGCGGAAUAGAGAUAACCUUAUUAGGUGCAAACUUCAAAAAUGGUUUGAUUGUAAAAUUCGGUGAUAAUAUUGCAUUAUCAACUCAAUGUUGGAGUGAAUCAACUAUGGUGACUUUUUUACCACCUUCGAUUUCAUCAGGUCAAGUAUUAAUCACAGUAGAAGACAAUUCAAGUCCUUCUACCCAAAUCAAUCACCUAUCGAAUAACAUACAUCCAAGUAAAAAAGCUAUAUUUACUUAUGUUGAUGAUACUGACAGACAAUUAAUCGAACUAGCUUUACAAAUUGUCGGCUUGAAAAUGAAUGGUAAAUUAGAAGAUGCUCGUAAUAUUGCAAAAAGAAUUGUAGGUAAUGAUGAUAUGUCUCCAGGAAAUAAUUCCGUCCCAUCUGUAGCGUCUUCAAAUGGUAGUGGUAAUAGUAAUAUAUCUCCAAUGAAUACCUUCAACAAUGAUGAAGCUUUGAUCGUCAAAGUCAUAAAAUUAUUAAAAUCAAAUUCAAAUUUAUCAAUGUGUGAUAAUUCAGGCAGAACCUUAUUGCACUUGGCUUCUUUAAAAGGUUACAUAUCUUUAGUUUCAACUUUAUUGAAAAACGGUGCAAGAGUAAAUGAUAAAGAUUCUUUUGGUUUUACUCCUUUACAUUUUGCAUGCAUUAAUGGUGAUCCAAAGAUUAUCCAACUUUUAUUAAGAUGUAAGUCAGAUUACAAUAUAAAAUCUAACAACAACUUAGUUGCAAUUGAUCUAUUCAAUUUAAAUCAUUCUUCAAAUUCAAAUAAUUUUUCAAAAGUUCACCAAAUAUUUGAAUUAGAGACGAAUGACUACGUCAACAACAGAAAGCCUUCUAAUUCAAGCGAUUUGGAUAUCGAUUCAAUAAAUUCCAUAGAUUACAACUAUGAGUCAAAUCACAUUAAUAAUCAUCAUCAUCACCACAACCAACAACAACAACAACAUCGCCACCAUGUUGCAGAACAUAGUAGUAGCCUAAUAUAUUCAGAUGAUUCUGGUUAUGAAAGAAGUGAUUUUGAAGAGGAUGGUGACGAAAGCUUAUUAACAAGUGACUUGCCUUCUAUAACAUCAAAUAACUCGAAAUUAAACACUUCUGAUAACGAAAGUGAUGAUGAUAAUGAUACUAAUGAUAAUGAAGAUAUGGACAAUGAUUUGAAACAAAACAAUCCAAUUAAUAUUAUUAAUGAUAAAAAGAAUAUUAUCUUGGAUAUCGAAAUUAAAUCAAGCGGUAAUAAAAACACAAAGAAAUCGACUGAAAGUAAAACACUAAAUGAUAGUCAAGUUAACAAGGAAAACACUACUUCAUUGGAUGAUGAAGAUACAUCAGACAAUAGCAAAAGUUUAAAUACUUCAAUUUGGAAUAGAAUGUUAAAUAGAAUCAAUGAUGACCUACCAAAAUACGAAGAUUUAUUCCCAAGUUUCCCACAAGUUUCAAAACCAAAACAAGUCGAAGAACAAUUGAUUGAAGGAAUCAUAGAUAAUAGUCAUCUAGAUAAAGAUCCAUCACCUACCGAAGAUUCACAAACUUCAUCUGAAGAUGAAGAUGAAGCAUUACAGAUCAGAUUUAAUAGAUUUUUCCAACAAAGACAAAGUUUCAAAAAUGAUACUAUGUUGUGGUUUUUCUGGUUACCAGUUGCGAUAUUAUUAAUUUCGUCAUAUUUGUUCUUCAAUUUUAGUCCAACUGAUUAUAGAUUGAAGCAAACCAUUUCUCAAUCAAUUGAUUAUGUUAGCAAGACAGUUGUAAAAUUAUUUAUUGGUAAUGAAAGAAUGAAAGCGGCUUUUAAAGAACAGUUAUCGAAUUUUCAAACGCCAAGAGUGAUAAAUGACGUACACGCGGGAGUUUAA